AUGCAUUCUGAACAUGUCCAUAAGUCUGAAGAAUUUUUUAAAAGAAAAUUAGAAGAGUUUGAUAACCAAACGAAAUCGUUAAAAAAACUUGUUUCUGUCUCUUCAAAUGCUUUACUAGCAUCGUACAAAGUUUCUUACAGGAUUGCAAAAUGCAAGAAACCGCACAAUAUCGGAGAAACUCUAGUUUUGCCAGCAGCUAUCGAUAUGGUUGAAGCAAUGUUUGGCGAAUCCUAUGCAAAACAAUUACAGCAAAUACCGCUUGCUGAUAACACAGUCGCUAGAAGAAUUGAUGACAUAUCUGAAGAUCUUUGUGAUCAGUUGGUUUCUCGACUACAAAAUAACAUAGAAUGGAUCAAUUGUGUUGGACUUUGUACAGACGGAGCACAGUCAAUGUCAGGAAAUAAAUCUGGUCUUCAAGCUCUUGUAAAAAACAGAGCACCAGAAAUUAUCUGGACGCACUGCAUGCUGCACAGAUCAGCACUUGUCUCAAAGAAUAUGAGUCCAGAACUGAACGAUAUUUUUGCGCAAAUUACAAAAGUUAUAAACUACAUAAAACACAGUCCUUUAAGAGCUAAGCUUUUUGCAAAGCUGUGUGAAGAUAUGGAUUCAAAAUAUACAUCGCUUUUAUACUAUUGUGAGGUACGCUGGCUAUCUCGUGCAAAAGUGAUUAGAAGGGUGUUUGAACUCAAAGAUCAAGUUGCAGAUUUUCUUGAUGAAAAUGAUAUUGAAGAUGCAAAGCCAAUUUGA